GUUAUGACGGAAGUAGUCGGUGUGGGCUGACACGUCACGGACGGACGAGGUUACCGAAUGAAAGAUGGCGAGCACCUAUGAGAGUUUUAACUUGCGCACCACAGCUGAUAAAUUUUACAUCGAGGCUUGUGACGAUGGAUCUGUGGACGUGUUGGCCAUCGAUAGGGUGUCAACUGAGAUGACGCUCACAGUUAAGAGGGACAUUCCUGCAUCUGCUGAGACCAGGCCAAUAUGUGGACUCAUGGGGACCAUACGCUUGGUGGCAGGUAUGUACCUGAUCAUCAUCACUAAGAAGAAGAAGGUGGGGGACCUCCUGGGCCAUGCUGUAUGGAAGGCUCUGGACUUUGACGUAAUCUCCUAUAAGAAGACAAUACUGCACCUAACAGACAGCCAGAUGCUAGACAACAAGACCUAUUUGUCAAUGAUCAACAACGUCCUACACACAGACAGCUUCUACUUUGCAACAGACUACGACUUGACCCACACUCUGCAACGUCUGGCCAACACCAGUCCUGAAUUUCACGAGAUGAGCCUUCUUGAAAGGGCAGAUCAACGUUUUGUCUGGAAUGGCUACCUGUUGAGGGAAUUUAUUGCACAGCCUGAGUUACACAAGUUUGUGUACCCAGUUGUCCAUGGAUUCAUCACAAUGAAGUCAAGCUGCAUCAAUGGGAAAUUUUUUGACUGGAGUAUCAUCUCCAGAAGGAGCUGUUUCAGGGCUGGUGUCCGCUACUAUGUCCGAGGCAUUGAUUCCGAGGGCCAUGCUGCUAAUUACGUGGAGACCGAGCAGAUAGUGCAGUACAACAGUGCCAAGGCUUCCUUUGUUCAGACAAGAGGCUCAAUACCCUUUUACUGGUCCCAAAGGCCCAACCUCAAGUACAAGCCAAGGCCACAGAUCAGCAAAACAGUCAACCACCUGGAUGGAUUUCAGAGACACUUCGAUUCACAGAUAAUUCUUUAUGGGAAGCAAGUCAUUUUGAAUCUGAUCAACCAGAAAGGCUCAGAAAAUCCACUCGAGAAGACUUUUGACAAGAUGGUGGGUAGCUUAGGAAACGGCACCAUCAAGUACAUAGCGUUUGACUUCCACAAAGAGUGCAGUCGGAUGAGGUGGCAUCGUCUGCACAUCCUGUUGGACAUGGUUGCUGAAAUCCAGGAGGAAUUUGGGUACUUCUUGGUGGAUUCAGAUGGCAAGGUACUGUUAAACCAAGAGGGGACGUUUCGGAGCAACUGCAUGGACUGUCUGGACCGUACCAAUGUCAUUCAGAGCCUGCUGGCCAGACGCUCACUUCAAGCACAGCUGCGGAAAAUGGGCGUCCUCCACAUGAACCAGCCCAUUGAGGAUCAAGCAGACUUUGAAAAAAUGUACAAAAAUGCUUGGGCUGACAACGCAGAUGCAUGUGCUAAACAAUAUGCAGGCACUGGAGCAUUGAAGACCGACUUCACCAGAACAGGCAAGAGAACUCAAUGGGGGCUGCUGAUGGACGGCUGGAACUCCAUGAUUCGAUAUUAUAAAAACAACUUUUCUGAUGGAUUUAGACAGGACUCUAUCGAUCUAUUUCUUGGUAACUUUGCUGUGGAUGAAGCUGAUGUGACUACACCACUGCGUGACCCCAAAGAUUGGAAAUUUCUGACGUUGCCUAUCAUCAUGGUGGUCGCAUUCUCUAUGUGUAUUAUCUGCUUGCUAAUGGCUGGUGACACAUGGACGGAGACUCUAGCUUAUGUCCUGUUCUGGGGAACGGCCAGCGUGGUUACAUGUGGUCUCAUCCUCUUCAAUGGACGUGACUUCGUCGAUGCGCCAAAGCUGGUCCAGAAAGAAAAGAUGGACUGAAUGUGUGCGUGUGGAAAGCAGCUCCGCCCUAGCGAGCUCACCACCUCAUCCUCAGCCUUUUCAUCGCUUUAUCCCCAGCAGCAGCAUCAUCAGGCAUGGAGCCUUUACUAGUACACAGGGGAGAGUUGAGGAUGCCGGUGAGCCAGCAGGGCCGCCUCUUGCAAGACAAGGCACGCAAAACUGUGUGCAUGGACCUGCUGCUAUCCACACGGCUCUAACACAGAGACAGGACAGUCUGGCACAGGCUGACAUGUACGCUGAACUUAGCUCUUAUUCAAUGUCACUGUACCUAUUUUUAGAAGACAAUUGGGGGAUUUAUAUAAAAUUUCACUUUUGCCCCACUCAUUGGGAUCAAACUCAGAAAAGCUGUAAAUUAUUUACUGUAUGUCAGGUUUGCCUUUUCAUCUAUCUAUCCAUUUUCUGAACUACUACUCACGAUGCUCACGAAAGUGCUGGAGCCUAUCCUAGCUGGCAGUAGGCAGGCGACACCUUAAACCGGUUGCCAGCCAAUCACAGGGCACAUACGCAGACGAACAACUGCCUGCUCUCACACUCACACCUACCAGCAAUUUGGAGUGAUCCAUUUGUUUUUGGGGAUGUGGGAGGAAACCGGAUCACUCGGAGGAAACCCACGCAGGCACGGGGAGAACAUGCAAACUCCACACAGGAGGCCCAGAGCCGGAAUCGAAACCACAACCUCCACACUGUGAGACGGACGUGCUAACCAGUGCGUCACCGUGUCACCCUUGCCUUUUCAUAAAGUACAUUAUUAUGCCAACAUACAUGGACCACCCACAAGAAUGAUACCCAAGAUAUGAUACCCAAUAACAAAUCAAAUAUUCUGCUUUGACAGGAAUUUUACUUUGGAUCAUCACUGUGCUUCAUCAUACUGAGGACUAUUAAUGAUUAUUAUUAAGUUAACCAGAAAUGGACACAGUUCUGAUUCUGAAAUCACGUCUGUUCACAACAUUGUUAAAUGAUUACUUCUCAAAGUGUCAACCAAACCAAGCAUUUUAUACUAUGGCAGAAAGUUAGUUAGCCCCCAGCUAAAAAACAUUGAUUUCUCCCUGACAUUGUCACAUUAUUUUCUAAUGCUAUGACACAAUACGCUAGUUUGUGUCAUACGGUUGUACCAAUAAGUCUGGGAGAAGAACUAUUAAUGCACGUUUCAUCAAUAAGAAUGUGAUUAUAAAGUUUCUCCUAAAAGUUA